AUGCAAUAAUAAGUAAUAGAGGGGGUUCUUUAUUAAAAAAAAAAAGUAAUAGAGGGGUUGGAGGUAACCGCGAGAGCAGGCAGGAACGAUUCGGUGGAAGAAACAGGAAGAGAAAGAGAUUGUGCAGGAGAAAACAUAAGCCUGAGAAGUUACCCUUCUGAGGUUUUGGUUGGUAUUGGCGAUGAAAAGGAUAUAAUAGUUCUAGACUGCUGGUGCAUUUCAACAAGAAACAAAGGAUCACUUGACCCUUUUCAAAAAAAAAGUCUACCAUCUUACAUCCUCCGAGGCUCCGACCACCGGAAGAUAAGAGAAUAGUGACCCGACCCCGUUCAGCUAGGUCGUGGAGAAUCCAAUUAAAACCAUUCUCGUCGAAGCUAGUUUGGUCAUUUAAUCAGUCACGAGAUCUGCAUACCUCCAAUGGGGCUCCUCAGUAUUAUUCGCAAGAUCAAGAAAAAAGAAAAAGAAAUGCGUAUCCUCAUGGUAGGGCUAGAUAACUCAGGGAAAACAACGAUUGUUCUGAAGCUUAAUGGUGAAGACACAAGUGUUAUUAGCCCUACUCUUGGGUUCAAUAUCAAGACUAUUACUUACAGCAAGUAUGUGCUUAAUAUAUGGGAUGUUGGGGGGCAGAAGACUAUACGGUCUUAUUGGAGGAAUUACUUUGAGCAGACGGAUGGCUUGGUGUGGGUUGUUGAUAGUUCGGAUCUUAGACGACUUGAUGAUUGUAAAUUUGAACUCGACAAUCUGUUGAAGGAGGAGAGGCUAUCUGGAUCAUCACUACUCAUUUUGGCGAAUAAGCAGGACAUACAAGGUGCUCUGUCCCCAGAAGAAAUAGCUAAAGUCCUUAAUUUGGAAGCCAUGGAUAAGACCAGACACUGGAAAAUUGUAGGAUGUAGUGCUUACACUGGAAUGGGCCUGCUGGAAGGUUUUGAUUGGUUGGUUCAGGACAUCGCUUCUCGAAUUUAUGUACUCGACUGAAUCUUUUUCAAAUAGGUAUUAUACUUGCUCAUGUACAGACAUGUAUAUUAACUUAUUCGAGAUUGAAGAAAAUUUGCUUGUUGUGGUUAGGCUCCCUUUUACUUCGGUUGGAGGUAUUUGGGAUGCCUUGACAAGGGAGAUAAGUUGUAUGACUUACAAAUUUUGUUUGCAUGGCUUUCCAAAAUUCAUAUAUUGAGCAAGGAAUGGAUACAAAUUUAUUUAUGCUA